AUGAAACACGAGGCCAACAUUCCGGCCGAUCACCAUUUCCAUAGAAUCGGCGAAUGGCUGCCACACGACCACCGAGCUCACCAAGACUGGCUGGUCGGUGUCAUCAAUCACGUCGACCAAAAUCGCAAAGAUCUCCACCCGGUGCUAAGAGAGUUUCAGGACCUCAUCGAGCAGAAUACUCGAAUAUGGCUGCUCUUCGAGUCCAUGUUUCAGCAGAUCCCGGACAAAUACAAAACCGACCCUCGAGGUAGCGGGCACCCCCAAGUUCGCAAUCAUGUCCACAUGCUUCAAGUCAUCAACCAUUUGUUGACCACCGCUCCGUCCUGGAACGAUAAGUCGGAGCGUGUUGGAUUGGUAGGGUUGCCCUUCAAUGCCCUCUUUGACUGGCCGAUGGGGACGCAGAGCGGGUUUGCCGUGUUUCUCGAUCCCGACGUGAACGCCAUGUUGAAAAAAGUUCUCAACGCGUGGGGUGAUUUCCUUCGCUCUCCCGAGUCGGCCAGGGUGCUGGAAAAGAAUGCCCACGGAAGCUGGUUCAGUCCUCAUGGUCGUGACGAGCUCACCUUCACGGCAAAUGUGGGGAGGUCGAAUUACACCUUCGAGGAGAUGUACCAAUGUGAUCCUUCGGCCCCGCAUUACGGGUACAAGUCAUGGGAUGAUUUCUUCACGCGUCUGUUCAAAGAAGGCGUCAGACCUGUGGCAAGUCCGGAUGAUGAUUCCGUGAUCGCCAAUGCAUGCGAGUCCAAGACCUUCAAGGUCGCCCACAACGUCAACGCGCGAGAUCAUUUCUGGCUCAAGGGCCAGCCGUACUCGGUGAUUGACAUGUUGGCUCAAGAUGCGUUCGCAGAGCCAUUUGUAGGAGGGACUGUAUACCAGGCAUUUUUGAACGCACUCAGUUAUCACAGAUGGCACGCGCCCGUGUCAGGAACACUGGUUAAAGCGUACGUGGUGGAUGGAUCGUAUUAUUCGGAACCUCCAUUUGAGGAGUUCACGGCCCAACAUGCGGCGGAUCCGGCGGGCCCGGUCAACAGCCAGGGCUACUUGACGGCCACAUCGACGAGAGCUAUUAUGUUCUUCCACGCAGACCAUCCCGCGAUUGGACUCAUGGCGUUCUUGGGCAUUGGGAUGUGUGAAGUGUCAACUUGCGAGAUCACGGUGAAGGAAGGCCAGCAUGUCAGGAAAGGCGAUGAGAUUGGGAUGUUCCAUUUCGGCGGUUCAACUCAUUGUCUCAUGUUCAGAAAAGGAGUGGAAAUGGAAGGAUUUCCUGAGCCGCAGACAGAGCAUAAUAUUCCAGUGAGAAGUGAAUUGGCGAGAGUGAAGUCGAGAUAA